ACUUCCUCCAACAAAGCCACACCUCCUAAUAGUGCCGCUCCCUUUGGGGGCCAUUUUCUUUCGAGCUACCACAGGUGUCUCAAGGACUUUUGUGACAUAGGUAGUAGAAAUUCCAUCUAUUAGGCAAGAGGAAGCUGCAAGUGGACAUUUCUAAAGCAUGUAAAAUACCGCAGAGCUGUGUAGACCGACAUUGGAGGGAGUGAGGAUGAGCUACAGGAGAGGAAUUGGGUCAAGGUUCCUUGCUGGAGGCACAGCUUAAGGAAAGCAUUGGAGGAACCACGCCUGCUCAGCAUGCAGUCCUGUCGUCUUCAAAGGAAAGAAAUGGUUGAUGCCUAGUCACCCAGAAGGCUGGAGUAAAUGUUGUCUGGCAACCCGGUGAUUUUUCUUGUUUUCUAUUCUCAGGAGCCAGGCUUCCGGAGUCCUCCAAAAUCCAGGCCCUAAUCCUGAGCUUCGUCUCUCAGCAAAUAGAACCCAUUCUUACGACGAGGUCCCAUGUACUUUGCAGCAUCCACCAACAGAAUCUGUCCUCUUCAGGCCCUUGGCCCGCCCCGAGCACUGUCUAGCAGUCAACAGAACUCAUUCUUGUUGUAAAGGUCACACAUUUUUUCCUGGAUAGGUCCAUAUUAGGGCAAAAAAAUGGUAGCUUUGGAAAAUCAAGUAUUUUUAGGAAUCUGACCAAAAGUUCUAUCUUUUGCCCUAGCAAAAAUUUCAGAAAAUUUUGCACAUUAUUUAUUCAUCUAGGUCAUCAGUGCUUCAGGCAUCUAGUAGCCUAGGCCGUGUGAUAUCACGGAGAGUCCAGCAGAGGGAGACAGAGGCUAAGUAAGGUGUGGACCCUGGGAGACUUAGGUCUUCACAAUUUUUGAGUUGAGGAUACCGAACUACUCCAUCCAACCUUUUAGCCCGCCCAGUGUUGAAUACAAAUCGUCUGAAUAUGUUAAGAAUAGGCCGACUAAUGCAUUUUCAACUUCGCAAAAUUGUCUGCAUGUAAGCCCAUCCUCAACGGACAUGCCAAGUUUAGUCUGUGCUUGUAAACAGGUACACACCACCUGCACAUGGUGAGGAAUGGCAGCAGAAAAAUAGGAGCCAGUGGAACGUCCCAUUCUAAACGGACAUGCCAAGUUUAGUCUGUGCUUGUAAACAGAUAGACACCAUGUGCACACGGUGAUUGGCGGCAGAAAAAUAGGAGCCAGUGGAACAUGAGUGUAGGUCACGUGCCUAGUGGGGGACCGGAUUUACUUUGUCACCAAAUACAGCUGUCCCUUUCCUCAUCCUUCCUCGCCUUCUCUGUGAGGCCACAAACACUUUGAACUGCCAAAUUCUCUUUGGCAGGGUGACAGGAUGGCCUUUAGUCACCUGCAGCAUUUCCCAGGCCUGUAUGUGGCGCUCAAGCCAAGGGACAGCCGAGGUAAGUCCUUGAGCCAGCUCCUGCGACACCUGUACAGCGGCUGGGGACUUGGUAGGAAGAGAUGACUGCAAGGCGGGCCGUCCGUUGUCCCUUGGGAUUGGGCUCUUGGCGGCUGGGCGGGACUCCGGCUAUGAUAUAAGAGAGCAGAGAACCACUGUCCCGGCUGCAGCGCUGAAGGUGGAGCCCCAGCUGUGAAAGGGAGGUCAUCAGUCCUGCUCUUGCAAUCAGACCCAGCGAGACUGAAGAAGACAAGGUCUAAUUUCUAUAUAUUCAUGUAUUUAGUUUUGAUAACUGGAAGGCAGGGUGGAUAUGAAGAUGUGGCAAAGGCUCGUGCUGACCCGGAGCCCUAGACGGUUGGGAUCUAGAACUAGAGGAUCUAGAAUCUAGGAUUUCAGAGGAUCUAGGGAGGGAUCCACUGGACUCCAGGCGCCCAAACUCAACUGUUUUUCUCUGUGUUGCAGACACGCUUCCAUCCGCCACGCUCAACCCCAGGCUACGAGGAUGAGGCUCCUCAGUCGACUCCGCUCCUCCGCUCCUGAGCCCGCCUUCUCCAACGUGCUCACCCCGGGCCGCAUCCCUGAGUUCUGCAUCCCCCCGCGGCUGCCGGUCCCCGGCGUUGCCGAGUCGGCACACCCGGCGGCCGCACUGCCUUGGCGCUGCGCGGCCGAACCCGACCUGUGGCCGCGCACCCCAACCGACCACGACGAUAAUGAGUACGACCACGCGGGUCGCACCGACUGGGACCCGCGCUCACAAGCCGCGCUCUCGCUGCCGCACCUGCCCCGCGCACGCACCGCCUACGGCUUCUGCGCGCUGCUCGAGAGCCCGCAUACGCGCCGAAAGGAGUCGCUCUUCCUCGGCCACCCAGGAGUUCCCCGGCCCGGACUUCGCCGCCGCGCGCACACCUACGCCGGCCCGCGCCCAGCCUCGGACUCUGCGCGCGCCGCCCCGAUUCAUCUGGACACUGCCCCGCCACCUGCUCCUGUGCCCCGCGUGCGUCGCCUCCUGCGCGCCUCGGAUGGGCUGCUGAGCCGCGCGCUGCGGGUCCCUCGAGGUCGGGCCGGUGCGCGCCCCGCGCCCAGUGGAGACAAACAGGAGAGCGCCGCCUCCUGCGCGCCCCCGGACCCCACCGGCCCGAUUCCCAAGCGCCGGCAAGCCGAGGCCAGCGUGGCUCUGGGCCGCGGGGAUUGCACGCUGCACCUGGCUGCCGAGUACUGUCCGCGCAGCGCGUGUCUCCGCCUCCGCCUGCUGCGCGCUGAGGGUCCGGCCGCUGCGCUCGAACCCCGAGCCCUGGGCUGCCGCCUCAGCCUGGUGCUGCGGCCGUCGGGCCAGCAGCGCGCCAGCGUUCUCCACCGCAGCCGCAAGGCCGCCCUGGACCAGGACUGCUGCUUCGAUGGGCUCUCGGAGGAGCAGCUGCACCGCCUGGCCGUGCGCAUCAAGGCUGAGAGCAAGGGCCGCGGGCUGGAGCGUGGAAGGCCGCUGGGCCAGGGUGAGCUGCUGCUGGGCUCGCUGCUGCUGCUCUGAGCCCUGAUUCCGUGUGGCCAUGGACACUGAAGGUCGCUUGGCCUCGAGAUGCGCACACUCUUGGCUUUCGGACAUUCAGAGCCUCUUGGACGCUGACAGUGCCUUGGCCCUGGGGCACACACAACCUCUUGGUUCUGGUACACUUUCCCUUUUGUACAAAAUAAAAGUUAUUUAUUUUUCUAUGUAU